GAGUGGUGCACAGCGCGGGUGCGCGCGAAGUACAUGCUGCUCAUGACCAGCGCGCUCAUGCUCACGCCCACUAUAUACUACAUCCUAGGUUAUCUUAUCACCAAGCUAAACUUCUCCACCCCCCUCUGGCUCAUCGUGUACCGUCCCUGGCGGUUGCUGACCCUCGUCAUGGCUCUCCCGUUGGGUCUGGGUGCUCUCUGCUUGUCUCAAACUCCUGCCAAGUGCCAAUGUAGUCUGCGCGAGCGAAGUGUGAUUUUUCUGCGGAUCGACCCAAACAUAAUCAAAACUGAAUCGAUCAAACCCUUCUCAAACGAUGUUCCUUCAUUCUGUCAUGUAACAAUUUUCUAGACUAGGUAAUUUUAAGACCUCAAGAUCUUCUUUUCUUUCAAUGUCUCAUGAUUUUUUUGUACUCUACCAAAACGAAAAGUAUUCAGGCAGGCCUACUUGCGUCCAGCACAAAGGAAAAAUCCACCUAACCAUCAUGU